AUGGACGACGACGAGACGCCCGCCGUUGUCAUCGAUAACGGAAGCUACACGAUCAAGGCCGGCCUCACCGGAGACGACGAUCCGAAGCGCUCGGUACGGACCAUCUUGGAGCUGACCGAGCAGGCUGAUGGCUCGGUGACGAAGUGCAUCGGUGGCCGGUCGGGGUCGCCGGCGGGUCGGGUGAUUUACCCCAUCGAGCGGGGCGUUCCGACCGACUGGGACGCACUGGAAAGCGUGUGGGAGUACACGCUGCGGGACGUGCUGAAGGUGGCACCCGAAGAGCACAAGAUCUUGCUCACCGAAAGGCCGCUGAGUGCGCCGGCGAACCGUGAGAAGGCGGUUCAGAUAGUGUUUGAAAAGUUGGGUGCCCCGGCCACGUAUCUGUCAAUUCAGGCGCUGCUGGCGCUGUACGCGGCGGGUCGGCUGAGUGGGACCGUGGUCGAUGUCGGCGAGGGACUGACCAGUAUCGUGCCCAUCUACAAGAAUUCGCCCGUGCGCGAGGCAAUCGUGAACCUCGAGCUAGCGGGCAGCGAUAUGGUGGAGUAUCUGGCCGGUGCGUUAGCCUUGACCGACCGGGAGACGGUCCGGGAGGUGCUGCACAAAGUGUGCACUGUCAGUGCGGAUCUCGCGAAGGAAGCCACUUCGGUGACGGUUGCGUACAGAGCUCCCGAUGGCAGGACCGUCACGGUUGGCAAAGAACGGUUUCUCAGCGGGGAAGCGCUGUUCAACCCCGGGGCGAUUGGUCAUCGGCAGGACAAAGCACUGCCCGAUCUCAUCGUGCAGUCUUUGAUGAGCUGCAAGGAGAACACCCGAAAGGAUUUAUUCGCAAACGUCAUCCUGGCCGGUGGAUCGGUCAUGCUCGGCGGGUUCGGCGAGCGGAUGCAGACGGAACUAGGUGCCCGGGUUCCUGCGCCACUCCGGUGCAAAGUGAUUGCUCCCCAGAAUCCCGCACUGUCGGUGUGGGCUGGUGGGUGCUUGUUGGCGCAGAGUCCCAUGUUCCAGCAUAUGUGGAUAACGAAGCAGGACUACGAGGAGUUCGGUGCUGGAAUCGUGCAUCGCAAGUGCAGUUAAACAGUGUUCAAACGGCAGAAGUUCGAUAAGUCGUUUGCUAAGUCUAUCAGAGUUUAUCA